GGCGGGGCCUGCUCCGGGAGAGCCCGAGCCGCACCCAAGGCAGUGCCGCAGAUCUUCGGUGUCGCGCGCGUGCAACGGAGAUCCAGAGCCAAGAUGGCCGUCCUCUCUAAGGAAUACGGUUUUGUGCUGCUGACGGGUGCUGCCAGCUUUGUGAUGGUGCUUCACCUAGCCAUCAACGUUAACAAGGCCCGCAAGAAGUACAAGGUGGAGUACCCUGUCAUGUACAGCACAGAUCCUGAAAACGGGCACAUCUUCAACUGCAUUCAGCGAGCCCACCAGAACACGUUGGAAGUGUACCCUCCCUUCUUAUUUUUUCUAGCUGUUGGAGGUGUUUACCACCCGCGCAUAGCUUCUGGCUUGGGCCUGGCCUGGAUCGUUGGCCGAGUUCUUUAUGCUUACGGCUACUACACAGGAGACCCUAGCAAGAGGUAUCGAGGAGCUGUGGGAUCUCUCGCUCUCUUUGCUCUGAUGGGCACAACUGUGUGCUCUGCUUUCCAGCAUCUUGGCUGGGUUAAAACUGGCCUGGGCAGUGGGUCCAAAUGCAGCCACUGAAAAAUUGUAGGGGUUUAAACUCUCAUUCAUUUUGAAUGACUUACCUUUAUUUCCUGUUACAUUUUUUUCUAAAUACAAUAAAAACUUAUCUGGCAUCAGCCUCAUACCUAAA